AUGGCCACAAAGAAACUUUACCGUCCCGAACCGUUAUGCUGCGUAUAUCACCCGCUGGCGCAAUUGCUAGAUGAUCAUCACACCGGUGAUAUGAUAUGUCCCGAAUGUGGACUGGUAGUUUGUGAGCGUGCCAUAGAUCCAUCUUGCGAGUGGCGCACGUUCUCCAAUGAACCGACCAAGGUGAAUCCUUCGCGCAUCGGUGGAAUGCAGGAUACACUUGCCCAGGAUAGCAACCUAUCGACUGUCGUCGGUUCCGGAACAGAAUACGACUAUAAAUGCACCUUCAAAAUGGAUGCCACGGCGCGCUCUCUAAUGACGGGUUUCGACGAAAUCAUAACGAUGUCUGAGCGAAUCAAUGCUACGCAGUCAACCAUACAUCGAGCAAAGCUAAUAUUCAAGCAGGUGCACCAGGGGGACAGUUUGAAGUACCGCGCGAUCGGGGCCAAAGCAGCGGCCUGUCUGUACGUUGCCUGCCGGCAGGACGGUGUCCCGCGUUCGUUCAAAGAGAUCUGCGCCGUCACCGCUGUCAGCAAGAAGGAGAUCGGACGAUGCUUCAAGAUCAUCAUCAAGACGCUGACUUCGUCGAUGGAAAUGAUUACCUCGGAAGAUUUUAUGUCGCGGUUUUGUUCGAAUCUCGGGCUCUCAGGGGAAGAUCAAAAAGUGGCAAUCCAUAUUGCCCAGCAGGCUAGUACACUGGCCAUCGUGGAAGGCAGAUCACCGAUCUCUGUGGCAGCUGCAGCAAUCUACAUGGUCUCACAAGCGUCGAACAGCAAGAAAACCUACGAGGAAAUUGGUAGCAUUGCCGGCGUAUCUGAGUUGACAAUCCGGCAGUGCUAUAAGCUGAUGUAUCCGCACGCCCGUGAACUGUUCCCGCCAGAUUUCGCCAACGUGGUUCCUAUCGACCAGCUGCCUUCUGAGUAA